AUGGCUUUCAAUCGUCCCCUGCCCAUCUCCGAGGAGUGGGAGGACCCCGAUACCUACAUCGAGGCUCUUCUCUCCUUCUCUACUACAUCGGUGCUCUUUAUGAAUCUGUGUGGCGGCGUGCAUAUGGUUGAUUUUCUGACCCGGGAGCCCGAUCUUUAUACAACAAUACUGCCGGAAGAAUGGAGAGACUUCGUCAGUCAUCAUGAUGUUCAGAAUUUUAUCCAUCUACUUCUACGGGAAGACAUUGAUCAAUUGCGUGCCAACAAGCCUGCUGUAGAUCAAAAUGAAAGCAGCCGAACUUGGAAUGGAGGACCAUUCCCUCCCCAGAGUCUCUUAGAAUACAUUUCUAAUGUUCGCCGACUGACAUUGAAUCGUGAAUUUCCCAUCCCAUCUUCAAGAACUGAAUUACCAAAGCAAGUUGCUAUGCGUAUGAAUCGAAAGAAAGUACAUGAGGUCGAGCACUUUUCUCAAUAUGUUGCAUCGCUGUCAGAUAUUGUUCACAAGCGCCGAGGUGAACCAGUCUCUCAUAUUGUGGACUUUGGUUCCGGACAGAAUUAUCUUGGCCGGACACUGGCCACCUCGCCUUAUCAUAAGCAUAUCAUUGCAAUCGAGCGCAAACAUCAGUACAUCAGCGGAGCCAAGGGCAUGGAUGUUCGAGCCAAGUUGGCAAAGAACCCGAAGGCUCAACAUGUUACUAAGGACAAAGAUUCAUGUGAUGACUGCAACGGAAGUGCGGAAGUGACUGUUUCUGAAACGACAGAUAGCUCCCAGCCAAUGACAGAAGAUUCGAAAGUCUCGGAGGAUUACCCUCUAUUCAACAUGCUGGGUGAGAUCAGCCUCGAACCAGAUGAGCUGCUCGGGUCCCUCACCAAAAAGCCGCCACGAGAAAGGCAGCUCAAGCCAGAGAUUGAUACUCGCGGAACUCUCAGCUAUAUCGAGCAUGAAAUCGAAGAUGGCUACUUAGAGCCCAUUAUCGACCACGUUAUUAACCCAUCCCCUGCUGAAUCUCCAGAUGGGCAAGAAAAGAAAGAGAGCGAUGCCAGACUAAUGGUCGUUUCCCUCCACUCCUGCGGAAACCUUGUUCAUCAUGGUCUACGAUCCUUGAUUCUGAAUCCUUCGAUUGUGGCCGUCGCUAUGAUCGGCUGUUGCUAUAAUUUGUUGACCGAGCGCCUCGGUCCAACCACACAUGACCUCCCUAUUCUUCAAUCUCUCCAUCCUCGUCUCAAGGAAACCGAAGCAUUGUACGAUCCGCAUGGAUUUCCCAUGUCCAAAUACUACGAGAAUUACCAAAGUCCCGGAGCAACGACAGGUAUGAAGCUGAAUAUCACAGCUCGGGCGCUUGCCGUGCAAGCUCCAUACAACUGGGGCCAUAAUGACAGUGAAUUGUCUUUUACCCGUCACUUCUUCCGUGCUCUUCUUCAGCGCAUUCUCGUUGAUCGAAGUGUUCUUCCUAGGCCCUCUGUGCCGGAAGGCACCUCGGACGAGACUCACUCAAAAGCCAAGGCUAGCUCUAUUAUCAUCGGAUCAUUGCCCAAAUCUGCUUUCAAAUCUUUUAAUGCUUAUAUUCGUGCUGCUACGACCAGGAUGAGUGCAGAUCCGAUAUAUGGAUCCAAGGUUCAGGAGCAUAUUGCGACCCUAAGCGAUGAGGACAUACUCUACUACGAGAAUCAGUACUCCCACGCGAAGAAAAAUAUCAGUGUGCUGUGGAGCUUGAUGGCAUUCAGUUCUCAGCUUGUUGAGGCUAUCAUUGUCGUGGAUCGGUGGCAAUUUCUCCGUGAGCAGGACUCUGUGAAAGACUGCUGGGUUCAGCCAGUGUUUGACUAUGGAGAGAGUCCUCGUAACUUGGCGGUCAUUGGACUGAAAGAGUGA